CCCACUUUUUACAAACAAAACCCCAGAGAAAAGGAAAAUUAUAAAGAAGCCCUAAAGCUACUGUUCAUCUUCCUCGACUUCUCCGGCGUCUCGUUCGCCAUCGUCUCCCCCUACAGCUUCCAAAUCCACCUCCCAUGACGCCAAGGGACUCCGAAUCUUGGUAAAGCCGCAAGAGCCAACGCCCGGUACUCCACCAAGCACAUCGAUUCUGCUGAACGCCUAUCGGCCGUCACCCUGACAUGAUAGGAGAGGAACAAGAGGUCUGCCAUCGCCGGCCGGAUGACCGACGACCGAAAGAAGAGUCUGCCGUUGCUAAAUGACUCAGCGGCCCAGACAAACCACGCACCCACAGGGAUGUCCUAGGUUCCCACCCUUUCGCCGAGAAAAAGGGGAAAAGAACUCACUCUGACAUCACCAGCUCGGUCGAAGAAGCUCCUGCUUCGUCCGCCGGCGGAGCACCUCGCCGCGCAACCGUUGAAGCCGAAGCUACCCGAGCCGUCGCCGGAUCCGACGCCGAGGAGACAAAAGGCCCCAUCUGGCACCGACGCCGGAGAGGAGACAAAAUCGUCGCCGGCGAGGACUUGAGGAUCAUUGUCGAGGCCGGCAACACAACUUAUUUGCCGCCAGAGCUGCUGCACAACCGCUGCUCCCGGCAUCACCUGCUCCACCAUCAAUGAUGACGGCGAGCUAAACCUAGGAGAAGCUAAAAAACUAGCUACCCUAUACAGGCCGCCCGUCGAUUCCCCCGGCCCCCUCCCUCUCCGACGGCAUCCCGGCCACCGGAGAGGAAGGGCGCCGGCGGAAUCUCCGGCUGAUUCGCUUUCGGCCGCCCUUUCGCCUGGUCUGUACUGUUGACGAGAGGAUAAGGACGCGGAAGCCUCUACUAUCCGGUCUGUACUGUUGGGGCUUAAGUUAAGUAUCAUCUGGAGUACACGCCUCAGGUCUUUGACUAUAAUGAGUAAUGACCACUGCUUUGGGAUUUGUUAGGAAGAAGGAUUGGAGCACAGGUUCUCCUUGACCUCUUCCAUCCCCUGGAGUAAUCCGGCAGUUUAACAACCUCUUGGAGUUUACGCAUUGUAAAUUUUAGUUCCGAUUGAUUGAGUAUUUCUAGUGUCAGAUUUGUUUCAUUGAAGCAACAACACAGUACAAUUCUCUGAUUCACAGCACCUAAUACUUAUAGUGUGCAGAAGCUGAUUGACCGUCAUGGCUCGCGAGCUUAAGGUUCUGAAUGCGCUCGAUGCCGCCAAGACGCAAUGGUACCACUUCACGACUAUUGUGAUCGCCGGCAUGGGCUUCUUCACCGACGCCUACGACCUCUUCUCCAUCUCCCUCGUCACCAAGCUGCUCGGCCGCAUCUACUACUUCGACCCCAGCUCCAGGACCCCCGGCACCCUGCCGCCCAACGUGUCGGCGGCCGUCAACGGCGUCGCCUUCUGCGGGACGCUGGCGGGGCAGCUCUUCUUCGGCUGGCUCGGCGACAAGAUGGGGCGCAAGAAGGUGUACGGAAUGACGCUGAUGCUCAUGGUCAUCUGCUGCAUCGCCUCUGGACUAUCGUUCGGGUCCAGGCCCACGGGCGUCAUGGCCACGCUCUGCUUCUUCCGCUUCUGGCUCGGCUUCGGCAUCGGCGGCGACUACCCGCUGUCCGCGACCAUCAUGUCCGAGUAUGCCAACAAGCGGACGCGCGGCGCGUUCAUCGCGGCGGUCUUCGCCAUGCAGGGAUUCGGAAACCUCACCGGCGGCAUCGUCGCCAUCAUCAUCUCGGCGGCGUUCAAGGCUCGGUUCGACGCGCCGGCCUACAAGGACGACCCUGCCGGCUCCACUGUUCCGCAGGCCGACUACGCGUGGCGCAUCGUUCUCAUGUUCGGCGCCAUCCCGGCGCUGCUCACCUACUACUGGCGCAUGAAGAUGCCCGAGACGGCGCGCUACACCGCGCUGGUCGCCAAGAAUGCCAAGCAGGCGGCGUCGGACAUGACGCAGGUGCUCAACGUCGAGAUCGUCGAGGAGCCGGAGCAGACGGAGGAGCUGGCCGCGCGGCACGAGCAGUUCGGGCUCUUCUCCCGGCAGUUCGCCAAGCGCCACGGCCUCCACUUGCUCGGCACGACGGUGUGCUGGUUCCUGCUGGACAUCGCCUUCUACUCGCAGAACCUGUUCCAGAAGGACAUCUACACGGCCGUGAACUGGCUUCCCAAGGCGGAGACCAUGAACGCCCUCGAGGAGAUGUUCAGGAUCUCCCGCGCGCAGACGCUCGUCGCCCUGUGCGGCACCAUCCCAGGCUACUGGUUCACCGUCUUCUUCAUCGACAUCAUCGGCCGCUUCGUCAUCCAGCUCGGCGGCUUCUUCUUCAUGACGGCGUUCAUGCUCGGCCUCGCCAUCCCGUACCACCACUGGACGACGCCCGGGCACCACAUCGGCUUCAUUGUCAUGUACGGCUUCACCUUCUUCUUCGCCAACUUCGGGCCCAACUCCACCACAUUCAUCGUGCCGGCAGAGAUCUUCCCGGCACGGCUGCGGUCGACGUGCCAUGGCAUUUCGGCCGCUGCUGGUAAGGCGGGCGCCAUCAUCGGGUCGUUCGGGUUCCUGUACGCCGCUCAGAGCACGGACCCAAAGAAGACGGACGCCGGGUACCCGCCGGGCAUCGGAGUCCGCAACUCGCUGUUUGUCCUUGCCGGGUGCAAUGUCGUCGGGUUCUUUUUCACGUUCCUUGUGCCGGAGUCGAAGGGGAAGUCGCUGGAAGAGCUCUCCGGCGAGAACGAGGAUGACGAGGCGGAAACGUCUGCCACGGCCGAGUACAGGGCUGCGCCGGCUUGAUAUGGAAUAAAAUAAACCUGGCAAUCGUCUGUGUUGGCAAAUUCGACCAAACGCAUUAUAUUAUUUUAUGAAUAAUAUCGCUGUGUGUACGGUCAAGUUUAAGCCAGAAAGCUGU